UCUUCGUCGUAACCUACCGCUUGGAAGCGGGGCUUGUCGUUUUUCCGGCCGCGGAGGAAGUGUUUUGGCUCUCCCUGCUUUCCGUAGUUGCUGUUUGCAGAAAUACCUAGAUUUUUCUUUCUCUGUUUUUGGAUUGCGCGUUUUCGAACCCCCAGUGAUGUCCCAGCAAGAUCCAGGCCCUACAGCAUUGACUGUGAGCGACGUGCAGCAACUGCUGAAGAAGAAGGAUGAAAUUGAAGCCCAGAUCAAAGCGUACUAUGCGGUUCUGGAGGACCAAAAAGGUGUUGGGAUGAAUGAGCCACUGGUGGAUGUUGAAGGUUAUCCCCGUGCCGAUGUUGAUAUCUACCAGGUUCGGACGGCAAGACACAACAUAAUCUGUUUGCAGAAUGAUCACAAGGCAUUGAUGCAUCAGGUGGAACAAGCUCUCCAUCAGUUGCAUGCCCGGGAGAAGGAGAAGCGGGAAAGGGAUGAGGCAGAAGCGCAAGUCGAGGCCAGGAGUCAGAGCCAGGCCUUGCCUCAGCCUUUCGCCAGAGUGAACGCUGUCACCCCAGGGUCUCCAGCAAGUAUCUCGGGCUUGCAGGUUGACGAUGAGAUAGUUGAGUUUGGCUCUGUGAACACUCGCAACUUCCAGUCGCUACAGAACAUUGUCACAGUGCUGCAGCACAGUGAAGGGAAACCCUUAAGUGUAACCGUCAUCCGUAGAGGGGAAGAACUGCACCUUGGCCUCACACCUAGACGCUGGUCCGGGAAAGGGCUUCUAGGCUGCAAUAUACUCCCUUUGCAAAGAUGACUUCCUCCAGCAAAUCUCCCAAUGAUUUGAAAUCCCAACGGCAUUUCAAGCCUGGACUGAACACCUUCCUCUCCCCGAAUAAGCUAGAACAUGGAAAAUUGAAUUUGAAGGCUGCAGUGUCUACUGCUGAAGUUCUGACUGCUGGCUCACAGUUACAGUUUGGAAAUGUCAAUUCAUCGGAUUUCUUUGCCCUCCUCUCACGUCAUUCACACCAUGUAUAAACAUGGGCAGUGAGGGUUGUAACUUUAUUUUGGUUUUUGGCUAUUUAUCCUAGGCUCUUCUUCUUCUUUUCUGUUUAUUAGGGCACUUGCCAAUAGAAGUUGGUUUGUUUUUCUUUAUGGUUGACACCUUGUAGUACUCACUUUCACAUCUCUGAAGUGUGCCAGAAUGUUGGUUGACAUUGUAUUUUGUAUUUUCGUUACAAUGAAGCCAUUCUGAAUAAACUUUUAAGAUUUAGAAACAUA